AUGCUGAGGACCAUAGGUCAGGGAAACUACGCCGAGGUGAAGCUAGCUCAACACCGCCUCACAGGCGCUGAAGUGGCAAUAAAAGUCCUGCUGAAGCAGAAGCAACAGACCUUCCUGAUUUGGUCUGAGGUGGGGAUAACGAAGAGGAUGAACCAUCCCAAUAUCAUCUCACUGCUUCAGAUUAUUGAAACAGAACAGAUCAUCUUUCUGAUCCUGGACCUGGCUGAGGGACGCGAGUUGUGGGACCGGAUUCAACAAGUCGGUUACCUGCAGGAGGACAUAGCCCGGGAGAUAUUCAAACAGAUCGCACAUGCCAUGCGUUAUUGCCAUGACCGAGGUAUAGUGCACAGAGACCUCAAACCAGACAAUAUCAUGGUGGAUGCUAUGGGCAGAGUCAAAAUUAUAGACUUUGGCCUGGGUGCCUUAAUCAGACCCGGGAGGAAGCUUUUUAGGUUUUGCGGUGCCUUACAAUUUGGUGCCCCAGAAUUCUUCCUGCGCCAACCCUAUGAUGGCACCAAAGUGGAUACUUGGAACUUAGGUAUUCUCCUAUAUUUUAUGGUUACUGGGACCCUGCCGUUUGAUGGUUCCACCUUUGAAGAGCUUCAGUGCAAGGUUUUACUAGGACUGUAUGCUGUUCCCUCCCACCUCUCACAAGAGCUGCAGGACGUUAUCCACCACUUAUUAACUAUAAACCCUACAGAGAGACCAACACUAAAGGACAUUAUGGGGCAUCCUUGGCUUAGGGAAGGAGAUGAGGGUUCAUCAAGCCCAUGUGAUGAGAUGAGCCCUAGCCAUCCGGACCCUACAAUCAUGGCAGCCAUGGCAGAGAUGGGGUUCGACCCACGUGACAUCCGGAAAUCUUUACUCCAUAGGUUAUUCAAUGAAACCAUGGCAACCUAUGGCCUACUGCAAUGCCAAGCACGCCAGCAGGGUGACUUCAUUAGGCAAACCAAGGCAGUGAGACCAGGAACAACACCUUAUCCCACGCCCACAGAUCCUGUUGCCUUCCCUGGGUGCCAAAAGAGGACAACUGAUGUGCCAGCCCUUCAGUACUGUCUCUCAUUAUCCUUGAAAACUGGCUCUGCAGAGGACAGCCAGCAGGUAGGACAGAGGCUCAGAAGAAGUGUCACUGUGCCUAUAAUUGCCCCCCACGACUGCCUGCAGAAGAGGACACCCACUCAUGGUACUCUCCGGGACCCCACAGGGACACAGCACUGUAGACACAAUCCGAGGUGCGUGGAGAAGCUGGAAGAGGUGGGCAAGGAGGACUGGGGCCGGUCUAUUAGGGGCCUUGUGCUGCCUACUGUCUGA